CCUGUGCGUGCCCCGCCCCUCAGUGAAGCGUUUCCGCCAAGAUGGUUGUCGGUGCCUUCCCCAUCGCCAAGCUCCUCUACCUUGGUGUAAGACAGAUGAGCAAACCUGUGGCAAACCGUAUCAAGGCUGGAGCUCGAAGAAGCGAAUUCUUUAAAACUUACAUCUGUCUACCGCCGGCACAAUUGUACCAUUGGAUUGAGAUGCGAACAAAGAUGCGAAUCAUGGGCUUUCGAGGUGCAACUAUUAAACCGCUGAAUGAGGAAUCAGCUGCAGAACUUGGUGCAGAAUUACUGGGAGAAGCAAUCAUCUUUCUUAUUGGAGGUGGUUGUAUGGUACUUGAAUACAGCAGACAAGCUGCUAACUCACGUCGCAAAGAAGACGAGCUGAAUGCUACAAUCACAAGCUUACAGACUCAACUUGCAGAACUGACUUUAACCACAGAGACACUAGAUGCCCAGUUACGAGAAGUCAAUCGACAACUGUUGUCUUUCCCACUCCCUUCUAAAAAGUGACAAGAGCAGGUUGCACAAUGUUCUUUGCAGUCUGAUCACAGUCCUGCAUUAUGCACAAUCCUCUGCUUCUCAUAGAGAGGAAGACAAGGGAAAAGGCAUAUCCAGGUGCUGUGAGCUUGGGUGGUAUAAUUGGCUCAAGUUUUGAGCAAGUAAUUGCGUGAGGUGAUGCUAUGAUAUUCAUAGUACAUUUAUUGGUGUGAGCAUGUUUAUUGUAAAAAAUAAUCAAAGGGGACAAUUAAACAGUGAAUAGUCAAUGUGAUAUGUUGGUAAUAUUUUGGCACAAAAUAUUUGUAUUUUCAGUGCCUGUUUAAAGCAUUUAACAUUUCAUGCUUGUGUCAUCUUAAUUUAAAUGCCAAGUUGACUGGGGGUUCAUUCAUUGUAUGUCUUUUGGACUUGUAAUAAAGACA